AUGUCUGAAGACGUGACUUAUGCGACACUCACGUUGCAGGAUCCUGCUGGAACAGGAAACUGCCAGGAUAGAAAUAACUUACGGAUAAAAGACUCUCCGGGCCAGUUUCCCACCUGGCGGCAGGCUGCCCUGGGUCUGCUCGCCCUCUGCUUCCUGAUGCUGAUAGGGCUGGUGACCUUGGGGAUCCUGUUUUUUCAGACAGAAUCUAAAAUGAAUUCAGGUUCUGAGAAGUUGACUCAACUUCUCCAAAUCAUCGAGCAGCAGCGGGCUAACUCAUCACGGCAGCAGACCGCCUCCAGGGACUUGCUCGAAAAGGAGAAAUCUCUCAAAUCACAGAUCGCCGAUCUGCUGAGAUGGCAGAAAAAAAUAGCCACCAAACUCUGCCAAGAGUUAGUCACUCACACUUCAGACCACAAAUGUAAUCCUUGUCCUAAGACAUGGCACUGGUACCAAGACAGCUGCUAUUACUUUAUAACAACUGAAGAGAAAAACUGGGACAACAGUAAAGAGGACUGUGUGGGGAAGGAAUCCUCCUUGGUGAAGAUAGAGACCCAGGAGGAGAAGGACUAUUUGAAGUCAAGACCAUUACCCAAAUAUUCCUUCUUCUGGCUGGGAUUAUCACUGGACCCAUCCACCAGUACUUGGCUAUGGGAUGAUGGUUCCGUUCCUUCUCCAUCCAUAUUUAAUCCUGCAGAUUAUAGCUCGACUGAUGAAACCCAAAGAUGUGCCUAUUUUCAAAAUGGGAAAAUUUAUAUUUCUCGCUGCAGUGCUGAAAUUUCUUGGAUCUGUGAGCAGACAGCUCCUUUAGUGAAGCCUGAAAAUCUGGAUUAA